UCAUUAAAAUAAAUGUUCCUGAACUGUCUUAUUGAAGAAAGAAAAUCUCAUACAUAUUAUUCGGAUUAAAAGCUUCAAAGAGAUUUGAGAAUUUCAGAACAAUUUUUUUUUAUUAAAUAAGGGUGUAGCUUCUUCAUACAAUACUCUUGAUAGGGAUUUUGGUGUCUUCUUUUGAGGAUACGAAGAUGCAUAAAAAAGAUUUUAAAUAAUUAAUUGUGUGGGAAGAUUUAAUUUUAAUGAAAAUUUCAUAACAUUAUCUUAAGUAGGAUAAUUGGAUUAUUUUAUAAAGAUGCAGCAAAGAAUAUCGUAGUUUGAAACAAGACUCACUUGAACCAUUUUAAGAAUCUCCAAAUUCAAGUGGUGUGGUGUGUUGACUUAGUCCAUGGGUGCUUAUUGCUUAUAUACAGUUAUAUACGUCGUCGUCGAUAAAAUAUCUCUCAUUUCCCGACCCAACCGACACAGUGUGUCGACGGCGGCGGUGGCGUGGGAGAUUUAAUUACGUCUCGGCUAAUGGUCGAUUUUCAGGACAAUUAACACUUCAUUCGAUGGGAAAAUAUCUUAAUGAGCCUAACUCCAUCAUCAAUCUGACUUGCAUACCAUAAUAAUAGGCCAAGAACAAUGCCAAGUCAAUAUAUCAGCUGGGAAAAAACUACAUCCGGAAGCCAGCCAUUUAUACAUUUAUCAUUCCCGAAGAAAAGUAACAGAAAAUAAUGGACAUUUUGAUUGAUACGAAUGGAUUCUUGAUGAAUGUGUGGAAAAUCCUUACACGAGCAAUCCUACUCGCAACGUUUUAAAUGAAAAAUUCAAAUAAAAACUAAAAAUGAAUUCGAAUCCGAAUCCGAGUCCAAAUCCAAAGUGAAAAGGAGUGAAAGAAAAUUCUUCACAUUUUGGCCGAAUACCAAAUAUCUAUUAAACCAUUCAUUGUGCGGCUGGCGAGUGUGUGUGUUUGGAAACUAUACGUAAUAUUAUAUAAAUAUAUGUCCAUCAAUGAUUCCGAACAUGGAAAAAAUCGAUGAAAUAUCCGAAGUAGAGCCUUUUGGAUCAUCGAAUGAUUCAUUGGCCUUUGAUUCACUAUCAUCAUCAGAUGUGGUAGAUGCAGAACUGAGUGGGAAUACAUCCUUUAUACAGCUGCCACCUGAUGAUUGUAUGCAGGUGUACAAUAAUGUGUCUUAUAUGAAUGUUUCCUGUGAUACCCUGCUAACUUAUAGCAUACCGUUAUAUGGCUAUUGUAUGCCAUUCUUGGUUAUGAUCACCAUAACCUCGAAUACAUCAAUUGUCCUGGUGCUAAGUAAACGAAGUAUGGCAACACCAACGAACUUUGUCCUUAUGGCAAUGGCACUUUGCGAUAUGUUAACAGCAAUAUUUCCUGCACCAGGACUCUCUUACAUGUACACUUUUGGGAAUCAUUAUAAGCCACUAUCACCGGUAUCAACGUGUUACGCGUACUUCAUAUUUAACGAGGUUGUACCAGCACUUUUUCACACGGCUUCUAUAUGGUUGACAGUUGUUUUAGCAGUUCAGAGAUACAUUUACGUGUGUCACGCUCCAAUGGCACGUACUUGGUGCACCAUGGCACGUGUCAAGCGAUGUACUUUCUUCAUCUGCCUAGCUGCGUUCACCCACCAGAGCACGAGAUUCUUCGAACGAACCUAUCAUCCACUGAACAUCGAAUGGAAUGGCAAUCAAGUCGAAGUCUGCCACAUGGAAACGUCCAAACUAGUCGAGGACUAUGUCGGUGUUGACGUCUACUAUCUGGUGUAUUUCUCCUUCCGAGUGUUCUUCGUUCAUCUGAUACCGUGCAUAAUUUUGGUCACCCUCAAUAUCCUGCUCUUCAAGGCAAUGCGAAAAGCCCAAGAACGCCGGAAGGCCCUAUUCCGGGAGAAUCGAAAAAAGGAAUCGAAGAAGCUGCGUGAAGCCAACUGCACCACACUGAUGCUAAUCGUUGUGGUCACCGUAUUCCUUAUGGCUGAAAUACCGCUCUGCAUUUUAACGGUGCUGCAUAUCAUCUCGUCGGCAAUUACAGAAUUCCUCGACUAUCGUAUUGCGAAUAUUUGCAUUUUGUUUGCGAACUUCUUCCUCGUUGUGAGUUAUCCGAUUAAUUUUGGAAUCUACUGCGGCAUGUCACGUCAGUUUAGGGAGACAUUCAAGGAGAUGUUCCUUGAUCGAGUGGCUGUGAAAAAGGAUACUUCGUCGAAGUAUUCAAUUGUGAAUGGACCGCGUACGUUUACUAAUGAAACGGUGCUGUAGUUGUAAGUGAAAUGUUUCUCUUUCUCACGCAUCAAGAGAAGAGAAAUCUCAACAAAUGUUAAUGUAGAUUUAAUGGAUAAGGAUAAAAAUAAGGAUAAUGAUAAGGACAUUUGCGUAUGAUAUGUGUCUGAUGCAGUGUCUGAAGUCUGAUGAUGAUUAGAUUAUAAGUGAAAUAUAAUUAUUUGUAAGUGUAUACGUUGUGAAAUUCUAUACAUAUAAUAUCCAUGAUUGUUAUAUAUACAUAUACAUAGCUAUGUAUGAGUCCUUUAUUUUGCAAAAUUUACUCAUCAUAAAAGACUUACUAGACAGUUAAAUAAUAAUAUUAUUAAUAAUAAUUGAAGAUAAAUAAUUGAUCAAAUAAUAAAAAGGAUAUCAAUAAGAAACAUUUUUAAAAUUCUCAAUGUUGUACGUAAAAGUGGGUGUUUUAAUUAUACUAAGCAUCAUAAAAUUUUGUAGAUAGGCAUUUAAAAUCUUACACACAUCACACUCUUAAUAAUGAAUCUCAAAUUUUAUAUAGCCAAUAGAUUACCACAGUAAAUUAUUAUAUCGGCAGCACUUUAAACAAUACAAAUAAUACAUAAUGGUAGAAAAUAUAAAAAGAAUAUUUAUUAAACUUUUAUGACAUUUUAUGUAAUAAAAGUUUGGGAUUUUAUUUACAAAACACACGCAAACAAAAACACAGAAAAUAUUUUUAAUGGUCAUACAACGAAAUAUAAGAAUUUCAAAGAAAAGAUUUAUGAAUUUCUCAAAAUUAGAAUCAGUAAUUUUUCAAGUUUAAAAUAUUUAAGUGUUUUUUGAAACUAUUUUAUUAAUAAUUCAAAUAAACGGCGGUGAAUAUUUUAUGUUCUUAUCAUCUUUACAGCAUUGGAGUUGUUCUUUUACAUUUUUCCUACUAUCAUGUGUUAGCCAUUCCGUAGACAGCUUCGUCUAACGUUCAACAGAGAGGCAAAAUUAGUUUUGAGCUCUUAAGAUUGUGAUUUUUUGGUUAAUGCGAACGUUUAAAACUGAGCUUUUCAUUGGCUUUUGACAUGAUCUCAGAUUGGUUUAGCAUUUUUAGUCAUUCGCUAUGUUUGACAUCUAUAGGUUAAAACUGGUAGCACUGUUGAAUUGAAGAUACUCGACAUCUUAGAAUUAUUUGUAUAAAUUUGUCAUUCGAUGUAAUAAUUUGACCAAGGUAUACGUAGUCCUCAGCGCAUUCGAGUUCCUUAUCAUCCAAAGUUAUUGUAUUGAAAUCGUCAUUUGUCAUAGUUUUUGAUUUUUGCUGAUUUGUUGUUUAGCCAAUAUUUUUUCCUCUAGAACAUAGUUUAUUGUUCAUAGCUUGAAGUUCUCCACUAGUCCGCGGGACGUAAAAGUGUACAGCUGAAACCAAGACAGUCUAUUUCUCGCCAUGCACAAGAGCUCGGCCUUUCGCAGACUUUUAAUUGGCGAAUAUUGCUCGGAUCUUGGCCUUUGCCAACUGACCCAGUAGCUCAAAUUUCAUGACCAUAGACAACGCAGUUUGUUCGCUGACUGAGCUUCGAAAAGUUUGGAAAAGGAAAUCAAUCAUCUUUAGUGAUAAGGGUGAAUGGCUGUGUUAAUAAGCAGAAUUGCCGUGUAUGGGACGACGCCAACCCACGUGGAGGACACACGCCACGAUUGACAUUUUGCAUCAACGAUAAAGACUUUCAGCGUGAUCAUUUUUGAAAACAUUUGUAUGUCUUUUAUUUUUGAUGCACUUACAUCUGCAUCAUAAAAGUUGGAUGAGAAUAAUAUUCAAAUGGAAGAAUAAUUUUCACCUUGAAGAACAAGUUUUAAUAAUACUAAUAUUUAAAUGUAUAAAGAGUGUCCUUGAAACCAUUCUUCUUAACCCUUUGAAUUUUACUGAACAAUAUUUUUGAGAAAUUCAUAGCAACAUUUAGUUGAAAUAAGGCAUUUUCAAAAACCAAUAGGUAAAUGUUUUUAACAAUAAAAAGCUGAAAUAUAAUAGAAAAAUAACUUACAAUUGUCGAAUAUAAAUUAAAUCUUUUUCCAUUAAAACAAAUAAUAUCUAAAACAUGCAUGAAAUAUAAGAAAUAUUAAAACCAAUGUGUAUAAAAAUAAACCAUUAAACUCAUUUAAGUUGGUUACUCUUGAGCCCUAGGCAACCAAUUUAAAUGAUUUAGUUUUUAAAUUUAUUUUAUUAUGUUCUUAGCCUUUUUAACUAAAAAAUAAGCUUGGUGUCAAUAAAAAUAAAUAAAACUUACAAAAUUAAUACAUUUUAUAAUUUUAUUUUAAACUUAUUAAAAAAAAUAAUAAAACAUUUAAAAAGAACUGUGAAUAUGAUGGAAAUUAAAAUUUGUAAAUAAAUUUGUAAAAACAAAAAAACACUGAAUACUUUAAUCAAGUUGAAAUA